CAUGUCUCGCCUUCGCUCUCCCUCUCUUCUGCCGCUUCACCUCGACGCUGCGGCAUUUCCAGCUCGCUCCCGCGGAAAUUCGCACAGCGCCACAGCGCCGGCAAGGCAUGACGCGGCGCAUGAGCGCUGCGGCCGCAGAGAUGCACCUCCUCAUUCCUGCGCAUCUCUCUCCCUCCAGCAUGCAGAGCGCAGCAACAGGCUCUGCGGCUGCACCGUGCCGACGACCAAGCGGCCGCCCGCAAGAGGCUUCCCGCGGUGCUGCCGCUGCGAGGAGCGCGAGAAGGAGGCCGUCGCGCGCUCGGGCUGCGACCCGAAAUAACUGCGAGCCAGGGAGGCCGUGCCUGACGAGGUGCGGGGCUGCACGUGACGUCGCGACUGCACCGCCAAGGUCCUUCUUCGGCUUCUCAACCUCCCCCCUGCAGCGCUGGCAUCGAAGCUGACUUCACCAAGCACUCUCAGAGCAGUCUAUAGAUAGCUCGACCGAACAAUCUGUUUCGUUGCGGGGACUCGGGAGAGGUCGCCGAGAGGCCCCACGGCGGCGCAAGUGCGCCCCUGCUGCGCCCACACUAGCGCCACAUUGGCACUUUGGCCUCGGACUUGUAGUCGCGAGUACAACCCGGCCGUCGGAAUCUGUAUUUGCCUCCACCGCUGAGGUUGCGCCGCCCAAAUCAAGAUUGCCUCGAG